AUGGAGCGUACGGAGCUUGCUGGUGAGAACAACGAUCUGCCUCGUCCUCCGCCGGAUCUUGCUGUUGAAGAGAACAUCGACCUGGGAUUCUCUGAGGUUGCUUUCGAUAUAAACAAGCUGGAAUUUGCUUUCCCCUCCUUGGCACGAGCCACCUGCUGA